AUGGGGAGGCAAGGCCAGAUAUUAGAGGCAGUUGCUUCCAACCCUGUCAUUACAGCGUAUGACAAGGUUCCUAGAGAGGUUCUUUGGAGAUGCCGAGAGGCUAAAGGUGUGCCAGUUGCUUACAUUUGGGCGAUUAAGGACAUGUAUGAUGGAGCUAAGACUUGGGUUAGGACAGUGGGAGGUGACUCUGAGCAUUUUCCGGUUGUUAUGGGGUUACACAAAGGAUCGACGCUCAUCCCAUUCUUACUUGCUCUGGUGAUGGACGCAGUGACACACCAUGUUCAAGGAGAAGCGCCAUGGUGUAUGUUAUUCACUGAUGACAUUGUUCUGAUUGACAAAAUGAGGAGUGGCGUUAACUAUAGGCUGGAGCUUUGGAGAUAG